AUGUUGAAUGUGUCCCAGUCUGAGUCUAAUAUGACAUCAGCAAUUCAGAAACAGAAUCUUUUAAGGAUAGCUCUAAUAUCAACUCUGUCUACAGUACCAUCAGUUAUUUUUCUCUACAUUAAUGGGACCAUUCUUUUCACUUUGAGGAGUAAACCUGUGUUUCGUGACACAUGUCGGUAUGUUCUUCUGUACAACCUCCUUCUAGCAGACACUGUCCAGUUGGCUCAGAGUCAGGUGCAGUUCUUACUGUCUGUUUGCAGAGUGAAACUGGUGUAUUCGCUGUGCAUUGUUCUUAGUAUGCUUGCCAAUCUCACAACUGGGAUUUCUCCGCUAACACUGGUGGUAAUGCCUUUAGAGAGAUAUGUGGCUGUGUGCUUCCCACUGAGGCACUCCUCUAUCAUCACCAUCAGAAACACAACCGCUGUAAUCAUCGCAAUCUGGGCUGUCAGCUCAAUAAACAAUCUUGCUCGUGUUUUAUUAUUUUUAGAGUUUACAUUUAAAAAAAUGGAGCUUUGGCACAUAAAAGAUCUUUGUUCUAAUAUAUAUUAG